CACGGGGGGGACACCCACAGGGGUGGCCUCGGGGCGCCCAGGGGAGAAAUCCGGCCCUGGGCUUAUGAGCCGUCUUAAGUUAAACAAAAGCCAAUGCGUGCAACUGGAUGAGAAAAACUUUUCUUCAAGGUUCUCAUUCAUUCUUAGAGGUGCACAUAUGAAAUUCAUGCAAUAUUCAUCCUGUAUAUAAUACUCAUUCAUCCUUUGUUUUCAGCUCCAAAUUCCUGAAUUGGGCUCAGAUUUUGACAACGAAAUACAGGGCGCAGAAGGACCAUCGAUCAGGUAUCUGAUUUGGGACAUAUUCUCUUGUUUUGGUUUAGAAUUGGAAGUUGCUUAUAUAUUCAAAUUUUAGUAUUGCCUAUUUUUGUGCAAAGGGGUAUUAUCAUUAACUGGCCUGUACCCUCUGGUGAUUGGAUACUACAGAAAAGACAUUAAAUAAACUGUGUAUUAGAUUAAUCUUGACUGUGAACAUGAACAAAACAUAUUUUACCUUUUAUUUUUUUUUAUUUUUCAGCCCUGUUGAGCCCAGAUCUCCCUCACUUGAUCAUUUCAGCCUGGGACAAGUGUUGGGAGAAGGAGGAUUUGGGAAGGUGAGCGACUCAUUGCACAAUUAGGUUUUAGUUACUACUGAUUUACCCAGUGUGAUUAAACUUUCUUUCUUCUGACUCCAGGUAUUCCUAGCCCAGCACAAGAACACCAAAGUGCUAUAUGCCAUCAAGGCCCUGAAAAAAGAUCAAGUUUUGGAAAAGGGCAAUUUGGACAGGUCAGUGAUAGGGUAGAGAUUAAUACCGGCCAUAUCUGUCUCAUGUGUUUCUUGUUAUAUUCAGCUUUAUAUGUAGUAUAUGUUUACAUUUCCUUUUGGUUAUUAACUGCUGUGUUGCCCUGUGUCUGUUCAUAAGGCUAAAGGGUAAGUGGAAUGUUCCCUUGUGUGGGCUUCACAUGGUGAUAAUGGGAUGAUUUACCCUUGCAGUGUCUUCCAUGAGAAGGAAAUCCUUCAGAGGGUAAGCUCUGCUGAACAUCCGUUCCUGGUGUCAUUGCAUGGAACCUUCCAGACGGCGUCUCACCUGUUCUAUGUGAUGGAAUAUCUCCCUGGAGGUGACAUGCUUGACUUUAUAAAAUCCGUGGAACUAGAAGAACCUGAUGUCAUGUUUUACACCGCAUGCAUUGUUCUUGGCCUGGAGGCAUUACAUCAGCUUGGCAUUGUCCAUAGAGAUCUAAAGCUGGAGAAUUUGCUGUUGGACCGGGAUGGCUACCUUAAGAUCGUAGACUUCGGCCUCAGCAAAGACAGAUUUGGAUACAGCGACCGCACAAAGACCAUGUGCGGCACAAAAACAUACAUGGCCCCGGAGAUCUAUCUAAAACUUGGAUACGGCAUGGCCGCUGACUGGUGGGCCCUAGGAAUCACCGUUUAUGUUAUGCUCCUGUAUGAGUUACCAUUCAACCAUAAAGAUCCAGUCGAGCAAAUGAUGAGCAUCCUUUAUGAUGACAUCAGCUUACCAGAAGACCUUUCAGAGGAUGCCUCAACACUAAUAAAAGAAGUAAGUUGGCCCCAGCAAAUCAGUAUCAUGUGCCUUUAGUCACUUGUUAUACUAAGGGCUAUAAAUGUUGUAUAGUUAUUAUUAUUACCAGGAUAUAACAUUUAGGUUCCUUUAGUGGCAGUUUCAGGCUUUCACUGAACUUUACAAUAUGUAUUACCCCAGUGAGCCCCUUCAGUUAAUAGUUGUAAAAAUAUGAGCUUAACUGUAAGGCCAUCCAAGCAGAUCAGUUACAUAUGCGUAUGGUUACUGGGAUUGGAAAUUACAAUGGGAUUGGAAAAUUGCUUGUAUUUCCUGGGUGGAUACUUUCUCAGUAGAGUUAAAAUAGACAUAAGCAUUAAAAACAUGAAUGAUUUAACAACAAUGUUUGUUUUCUUUUUUUGUAGCUUUUAGAAAAAGAUCCAGAAUUUCGCCUCGGUUCGGGUGACGCCGGGGCUGAAAUGGUUAAAGAGCACCCCUUCUUCAAAGUAGGUUUCUAUUCUAUUCCUUUUGAUUUACAGACAGAAAAGCACUAAUGAAUUUUGAUAAAUUCUUCACAUUUAAUUUAAUUUCACUUUUCCGUAGCCUCGUAAUGCAUUAUUUCUUUUUCCAGCUAUUCUAGUUUUUUGAACCAGAUACUCAUUGUGAAAUAUCACCUGUCUUUUAGGAUAUGGACUGGGACCAUCUGUUGCAGAGAAGAAUAACGGCUCCUUAUGUACUGGAGAAUGAUGACCACCUGGAGAGCCAAGAGGACCCUGGAUGCCAAGCUCCAGCACUGCCACCGCCUGCUGCAAGGAUUCCAUCAGAGCUGCAAGAGGCAUUCAGAGGAUUCUGAGAGAACAUCACAUGCACCUAAAUGAACAUCGGCUAAGUAGACGGAAUAGAUGGGGAGGGUGGAGGGCCAGUCCAUAUCCAUAUAAGAAGUCCAUUCAUAUAAAAUGACGAUCAAGUGUCCCACCUCAAUAAGUUCUGACUGAGUAGGCUAAUGUAGGAAUAGUCUUCUCAUGCAGUGUAAAAUAUUCAAAUCCUCACCUGUAUAACAGGCAAGUAAGAUCUAGUAGAAGGUAAGACAUAGUGUAUUUUGACACCAAUAGCUGACACUGUAAAAUCCUGCCUGGAUUUGAACCAGCACCCUGCAGGUUACUAUGCAGUCUGUUAUAACUCUGCUCUAUGGAAGCAGAUAACUAGGUGCUUGGUUCAGUUUGCCCCACAGUACAUUAUAUCCUUUCCGGCUGGUAAAAUCAGGUAAAAUCUUACCUCGGUAAGAAACAAACCAACAGUUGUCACUACCUCACCUUGUUUUUAUUUGCUUCCUGGUUAGGUUGAUGUUGCCCACCUUGGGAGAUCUAAAGAAGAAGAUAAUGCUUUUAUUUGCUUCCUGGUUAUGUUGCAGUUGGCCACCUUGGGAGAUCUAUAGAAGAAGAUGAAGAAGGUUUCCAUGUUUAUCCACCCCAAGAUGUGAGACAGAGUGGCAACAGUCAAAGGAAAUCUUAUUUCACGAUGAAGAUCAUGGAUCGCGUACUGAACAUUGUACUAAACACUGAUUGUAGUCCUUGAGAAGAAAGAAGACUGUACCCCACCUGCCAAGAGCUGCCCACUUUGCCUCCCCUAAUAAGCACCAUGCAAGGAGGCCCAGGCGUCCGGCGAAAGUUCUUACCUCUAUGUGUGCCGGUUCUUGCUGCCUGCCACUGACCUUUGCCUGACCGACUUUGAUUCCGUCUGAUCCCUCCUGUACUGCGUUUUGGAAAAUAACCUUGGCCGUGAGUAGGAUCCCUGUCUAUCCCGCCGCAGAAAGCCCGGGGCCCCAAAAGGGCGUCGGUGAACACCAGGGUCGGCAGGGCUCUCCUGCCUAACUUAAGAGGUUAUUUCCUGGCAGUUUCGAGCUCCCAUAUAUAGUCUGUUACACACCAUUUCAUACAUAACUGGUUU